GUGAGCGUCGCCACUCGCCUCUCUCUGGUGGCGGUGUGUCGCGAACUAAACGGCAGCGACUCUCUAGCCUUCCCGGCGGCCUCGGUACUUUGUGGUGCGCGGCGAGCUUUAAUGGCGGCCACUAGUACCACGGCUCUGGUGGGGGGCACUCGGGAGUCGGGUUCCGGGGUGGCGGCACAAGGGCGGAAGAAAGCCUACGGCAAGGGUGAUCCUCAUAGAAACUACUAAAGACUACAAAGAAUUGAUUCUAGUCAAAGUAACAGUGAAAUAGAUUAUACUGAUCAAGUAAGAUGGAUCCAUGUUCAGUUGGAAUUCAGCUCCAUACUGCUAAUGAAUGUCAUAAAAUAUACUAUACCCGUCACGCUGGCUUCAAGACUAAGCAAGAUCUAUCUUCAUCCGAUCUGCUACUACUUCAGCUUAGGACUGGAAUGACUCUUUCUGAGAACAAUACAAUCUGCUUCCAUCAUGCAAAAAUUUACAUUGACAGAUUUGAAGAUCUGCAAAAAUCAUGUUGUGACCCAUUUAACAUACACAGGAAAGUAUCAAAGAAAAACUUACGUGCAAUCGACUUAGAUGAUGCAGCUUUUCUAAGUGCCAAGUUUGGAAGACAGUUUGUACCUGGUUGGAAGCUUUGUCCAAAGUGUACACAGAUAAUCAAUGGAAGUGUGGAUGUUGACACUGAAGAUCGCCAAAGAAGGAAACUUGAUUCAGACGGGCGAACAGCUAAAGCUUUGAAGUCCUUGCAGUUUGCUAAUCCAGGACGACAGACUGAAUUUGCUCCAGAAAGCAGUAAAAGGGAAAAGAGAAGGCUACAAACAAAAAGCACAUCAGUUAAUUCUGACAGGCAAGUAAUCCCAGCAAAGAGUAAAGUCUAUGAUAGCCAGGGACUUCUGCUUUAUAGUGGGAUGGACCUCUGUGACUGUCUUGAUGAAGAUUGCCUGGGAUGCUUCUAUGCUUGUCCCAAGUGUGGUUCCAACAAAUGUGGAGCUGAAUGCCGCUGUGAUCGCAAGUGGUUAUAUGAACAAAUUGAGAUAGAAGGAGGAGAAAUUAUUCGCAAUAAGCAUGUGGGUUAAUUUAUAAGUUUUUUGUCUUGCAUUCCAAUACAGAAUUUGAUGGUCUGAUGAAAAUCAGUGGAACCUAUCAUAACGCACAUGAACAGUUUGUUCAGACUUACAAAUUCAUUGUUUGAUAUGGUUUUAGAAAGGUUGUUACUCAUACUAAUUGUGUAUUGUCACACUUCAUUCCACCUUGUACUCAUCCAUACAAACCAGCAAAAAAGGCUGGAACAAUGCAGUGCUUGACUGUUCAGUGAGAGUUUGAAACUGAGUGGCUGGUUAAGUGCUAAAAGAAAUUUGGGAUUAGCUGCUGCAUAUGCCCUGCUCUGUAGAGAGGGUUCUUUCUCCAUGCAUCUCUCCUUUCUCACCUCUCCCCUUGAAGACUUGGUGUUCAUGUUUGUUUUUACUAUCUUUUAAAAAUAAAUGUAGUCUCUUUAAGUUUAAAAUGUAAGCAGUGGCAAUCAUGACCAGUAUUAGCAUUUGUAUAACAAAUAGUAAAUGCUGUAUUUUCUAAAAUGAGUCUUGGGACUGUUAUAACAUAGUUAAACAUCUAACAGUAUAGGGACUAAAUCAACAUGUUCAUUGCACUGGUUUGCUAUAAAUAUACUUUUUAAAAUAUAAAGAAGCUCUGUCCAAAUUAUUUUAACAGUAUUUAGCACUUAGGGGGUGCUCUCUCACAGAUAGCAUUUGAUAGUUUCUGCUAGUUGCACCAUUGUAAAAGAACUAAUAUUUCAGGGAUGGGGAAAAUCCUGACUUUAACACCAAAGGUAUAAAGACUGUCAGCACUACUUGUACAAACCCAUUGUUUUGGAGCUUGAUAACUGGGAUGUGUGUUUUUUAAAACAACAAAAAUCUUUCCUGAAUGAAACUUGGCACGUACUGUGUCUAUUCGGUUUUGAAAUAAAACUCAGUAACUAACUGAUUCCUAAUGACAGAAGCACAGUUAUGGAGGCAG